UCAUUAAAACUGAUGUUCAGAGUUCGACGUUUCACUUCUUAAAGAUCCUUCGUAGAAGACGUUCCUCUACUGCAAACUACCGAUUUAAGAUGAAAGUUCUGCUAGUUUUGUCCUUAUUCGUGGCUGCUUCGAGUGCCUGGUUCCUCUCUAAACCAACAAAGCCAGAAUGGAACAGCCUUUACGUAACGUUCCUCUCGUUCAGCAAGCUUCCAACCGAUAAAGAUGACGCACUGAACGAUGGAUGGAGACUAACAAAAGCUUGUGAUGCGAACAAUUUCUUCGCGGGAAAUCGUUACGUGUUGGAUGGAGACACGGCUGUGAUGUUGUUGUUUGGUGUAAAUGGACAAUUGGCUGGAAUACAGAUGGGGAUAGACAAGUCAAUCGUUGGUGACAGGAAAGGACCCUGGGUCCUUGAAGGCAACAUGUACGUCAUGACAGCCUACUUCACAGACCCCAGCACCAUUUGCAGCUCAAAAGAUAAAAGAAAGUAUUACGGAGACAGACUUCUUAUCUGGAAUGGAGCCGACAACAGCACCAUUGCCAUUCCUUUCAAGGAAGAAGAUUUGGCUGGAACAAAAUGGGUAGCUGGAAAAUGCUUCCCAAUGAUGGGUCAACAUUACUGGUACGACAUCUCAAAUGACAUGGACUGUAAUGACUUUUACCCUGUCUUCAUCAUGUACAACGGGAAGAGACUCAACAGUUUUGGAUGGAACACAUACGGUGAUCUGAAGAGCAAACGAUACGAGCAUCCGACCAAAGAUAAACUCGGGUAUUUCUUCGACCCAAAAACCGCGCCAAAAUGUCUGCAGACGGCAGGACCCUUGACGACACAGCACAUCUACAUGGACUGGCCGUACAACAACCUGUGCAAAGUUGGAGGAAGAUAAAUAAAUGACAUAUGAUAAACACAGAACCGUGGAUUAGCUCGCGGUAUUUCUGUAAUGAAUACUUCAUGAAAUAAAAACAUGCUUGUAUUACAUAAA